AUGAAGAAGACCAGGACCCUAGAUCAGCAGGUUGUGGACUUUAAGAAAGUGGAUGCCCAUGUUCACCAGUUCAAAGGUAGCAGUGCCAGCAUUGGUGCCCAAAGGGUUAAAAAUGUCUGCAUGGCCUUCCGCAAUUACUACGAGGAAAUGGACCACGAAGGAUGCCUCACAUGUCUCCAACAACUUAAGCAGGAGUAUUUUCUGGUGAAGAACAAGUUGGAAACUUUAUUUAAGCUGGAGCAGCAGAUUAUGGCUGCUAGUGGAUCAAUCCCCAUGAUGUGGUAG